CCAGUGGAGGAGGGAAAAGAUAAACAAUGGUGAUAAUAUCAAAACCAGCGAUUGAACAGUUCUCUUAUAUCAGAAACAAGCAGCCAGCCGCCGCAUUGCUCCCUCCUCUUAUCCCUAUCGUAGACCUCUCGAAACCGGAUUCCAAACACCAGAUAAUCAAAGCCUGUGAAGAAUUCGGAUUCUUCAAGGUGAUCAACCAUGGGGUUCCCAUGGAAUUCAUUUCCAAGCUGGAAUCUGAAGCCACCAACUUCUUCUCUUUGCCCCUAUGCGAGAAAGAGAAAGCAGGGCAGCCCAAACCUUAUGGAUAUGGAAACAAAAUGAUCGGUCCCAAUGGCGAUGUUGGUUGGGUCGAAUACCUCCUCCUCAUGACCAACCAAGACCCCAAUAUCGCAACUCAAAACCCAGAAAGUUUCAGGGUUGCUUUGAAUAAUUAUAUGGCGGCGGUGAAGAAAAUGGCGUGCGAGAUACUGGAGAUGGUGGCGGAUGGGCUAAAGAUUCAACCAAGGAAUGUGCUGAAACUGAUGAUGGAUGAGCAGAGUGACUCUGUUUUCAGGCUUAAUCAUUACCCUCCAUGCCCAGAUGUUGUUCAAUCUCUGAAAGCCAAUGUGAUUGGAUUCGGCGAACACACUGACCCACAAAUCAUCUCGGUUCUAAGAUCAAACAACACUUCCGGCCUUCAAAUCUCUCUUAGAGACGGCUCUUGGAUUUCAGUCCCACCUGACCACCACUCAUUUUUCAUCAAUGUUGGUGACUCCUUGCAGGUAAUGACGAAUGGAAGGUUCAAAAGUGUGAAGCAUAGGGUGGUGGCCAACAGUGUGAAAUCAAGGUUGUCGAUGAUUUAUUUCUGUGGACCACCAUUGAGUGAGAAAAUAGUACCAUUGCCAUCUUUGAUGAGAGGAGAUCAACCAAGCUUGUACAAAGAGUUUACAUGGUUCGAGUACAAAACAUCUGCUUACACUUCUAGAUUGGCCGAUAACAGGCUCAUGCACUUUGAGAAAAUCGCUGCCUCUUAAUCUUUCAUUAUUUUU